AUGGCUUCCGAUGGAUUCACCGAUAAGAACGUCGUGUUCAGAAAACUCAAAUUGAAGUCUGAGAAUAAGAUGUGUUUCGAUUGCAAUACAAAGAAUCCUACAUGGGCGUCUGUUACGUAUGGGAUAUUUCUCUGCAUUGAUUGUUCUGCUGUUCAUAGAAGUCUCGGUGUUCAUAUCAGUUUCGUGAGAUCUACAAACUUAGACUCAUGGACACCUGAGCAACUAAAAAUAAUGAGCUUUGGAGGAAACAGUCGUGCACAGACUUUCUUUAAGCAACAUGGUUGGACCGAUGGUGGUAAAAUAGAAGCAAAAUAUACUUCUAGAGCUGCAGAGUUAUACAGGCAAAUUCUUUCAAAGGAAGUAGCUAAAAGUAUGGUUGAGGAGGGAGGCUUGAGUUCAUCACCUAUUGUUUCUCACCCUUCUAAUGGACUUCCUGAGGUCAAAAUCAAUGAGGUACUGAAAGAAAACACUUUGGAGAAGGCAGAAAAGCCCGAGGGCACAACUUCACCUAGAGCUUCACAUACAAUAUCAAAUAAUUUGAAGAAGCCUAUUGGUGGGAAAAAGCCUGUGAAGGGUGGGGGACUUGGUGCUCGUAAGCUCAAUAAAAAGCCAAGUGAGUCUCUCUAUGAGCAGAAGCCUGAAGAACCACCUUCUCCAGUUCCAUCCACAACAAACGUGUCUGGCAGGUCAUCUCUGAGUUCUCGUUUUGAGUAUGUAGAUAAUGUUCAAUCACCUGAGUUGGAUUCUGGAAGUUCAAAUGCAUUCAAUCAUGUUUCUGCACCAAAGUCAUCAAGCUUCUUUGCAGACUUUGGAAUGGAUAGUGGUUUUCCCAAGAAAUUUGGGUCAAGCACCUCAAAAGUGCAAAUUGAGGAAACUGAUGAAGCAAGAAAGAAGUUCUCAAAUGCCAAAUCUAUUUCGUCAUCUCAAUAUUUUGGAGACCAGAACAAGGCGAGAGAUGCUGAGACUCGAGCUUCUUUGUCAAAAUUUUCAGGUUCAUCUGCCAUCUCCAGUGCUGAUCUUUUUGGUGACAACGGAGAUUCCACCAUUGAUCUUGCUGCCAGUGAUCUCAUCAAUCGAUUAUCCUUUCAGGCACAACAGGAUAUCUCUUCCCUUAAGAACAUUGCAGGAGAGACUGGAAAAAAACUCAGCUCCUUAGCCUCCUCCUUGAUGACAGAUCUUCAAGACCGAAUCCUCUAA